AUAUUACCCCUUCCCUCUUCCCCGCUGCGUUCCCCCCUCCCCCAAGCCCCGACCCGUCGGGCUCCCCAAGAAUCUCGGGUUUCUACCUCGAUUCCCGUCCGUUUAUCUGAAUCUAGGGUUAUCAGUCAUCAAGAUGUUGGGGCGGUGAGUCGAUUGAGCUCGUCAGAGGGGUUGAGAGCGUAGAGAGGGGGCGGAAGAUAUGUACAGGGAUCGAGGAGCGAGAGGGUCAAAGUCGGAGAUCGGCCCCUUCGAUCGGAAGCGGAUCAAUGAUGCCCUAGACAAGCACUUGGAGAAGUCCUCGCCCUCGACUUCCAGGGGGUUGAACGGGAGGGAGAAGGACCGGCUUUCCGUGCUCUCCACCUCUGCCGGGAAGCAGCCGGACCACCACCGGGACCAGCGGUCUGCCCCUCUUUCCAAGAACAAAUGCUCUGAUGAAGAAUCUGAAACAGACAGUGAAGAGUCAGAUGUUAGUGGUUCUGAUGGUGAAGACACAUCUUGGAUUUCAUGGUUCUGUAAUCUACGAGGGAAUGAGUUCUUUUGCGAAGUUGAUGAUGAAUACAUACAAGAUGACUUCAAUCUUUGUGGGUUAAGCGGCCAAGUUCCUUAUUAUGAUUAUGCUCUCGAUCUGAUUCUGGAUGUUGAAUCCUCUCAUGGUGAUAUGUUUACUGAGGAACAAAAUGAGUUGAUUGAAUCCGCAGCAGAGAUGUUAUAUGGUCUGAUUCAUGUAAGAUACAUUUUAACCAGUAAAGGGAUGGCGGCAAUGUUGGAUAAGUACAAGAAUUAUGAUUUUGGAAGAUGCCCUAGAUUGUAUUGCUGUGGUCAACCAUGCCUUCCAGUUGGGCAAUCAGACAUUCCUCGAUCCAGCACUGUGAAAAUUUAUUGUCCAAAAUGUGAAGAUAUAUACUACCCACGAUCCAAGUACCAAGGCAAUGUUGAUGGAGCAUAUUUUGGCACCACAUUUCCUCACCUGUUCCUGAUGACAUAUGGACACCUGAAGCCGCAAAAGACAUCACAGAAAUAUGUUCCAAGAGUCUUUGGCUUUAAAAUUCACAAGCCAUAAUGUUUUAGGUGGCAUCGCAUAUCAUGUGACAGCUCAAGGGCUUUGUCAUGCUGUUCUUAUUGGAGGGUGAUGCUUUGGCAAGUGUGAGGCUGCAGUGGUGAGAGUGCAACAUCGAAAUAUUUCCUGAUUUUAUAUUAUUAAGAGAACAUCUGGAAUGUGCUGACCUAUGCAUCAAGCUAUGAUGAAGCUAUUGUUUUAUUUUAUUUUAGCUGUAACUAAAGAGCCUAAGCAAGUUUUUCAUGGUUUAUGAAUUAUUUAUGUUGCCUCA